AUGGGUCAGAACCAGUCGGGCAUGGGUGGUGGAGGAGAUGGCAAGGACGACAAGGACAAGAAGAAGGACAAGCCUAAGUACGAGCCUCCUCCGCGCCCAACCACCCGAGUCGGUCGCAAGAAGAGAAAGGCUGCUGGUACCAGCGCUGCAGCCAAGCUCCCCGCCGUCUUCCCCACCAGCAGAUGCAAGCUCCGUCUGCUGCGUAUGCAAAGAAUCCACGAUCAUCUGAUCCUCGAGGAAGAAUAUGUCGAGAAUCAGGAACGUCUUCGCAGGGCCAAGGCAGCGAAGGAAGGUGCGGCAGUUGGCCCUGAGGGCGAUGUUGACCGUCUCGCCGAUGAGCGUGGUCGGGUUGACGACAUGCGUGGCAGCCCAAUGGGUGUUGGCACGUUAGAAGAGAUGAUUGACGAUGACCACGCCAUCGUGAGUAGCACUACUGGUCCUGAGUACUACGUCAGCAUCAUGAGCUUCGUCGACAAGGACUUGCUCGAACCUGGAGCUAGUGUCCUCCUUCACCACAAGAGCGUAAGCAUUGUUGGUGUCCUUACAGACGAUGCCGAUCCCCUGGUUAGCGUCAUGAAAUUAGACAAGGCGCCAACGGAGUCAUACGCCGACAUUGGUGGUUUGGAGACACAGAUCCAGGAAGUUCGAGAGUCAGUCGAGCUGCCUCUCCUUCAUCCAGAGCUGUACGAGGAGAUGGGUAUCAAGCCACCCAAGGGUGUUAUCCUCUACGGCGCUCCUGGUACCGGAAAAACGCUGCUUGCCAAGGCAGUCGCCAACCAGACCUCAGCUACUUUCUUGCGUAUAGUAGGAAGCGAGCUUAUUCAGAAGUACCUUGGUGACGGUCCCCGCCUUGUUCGCCAGCUCUUCCAGGUUGCUGGCGAGAACGCCCCCUCGAUUGUCUUUAUUGACGAAAUCGAUGCCAUUGGUACGAAACGUUACGACUCGACGUCCGGUGGUGAGCGCGAAGUCCAGAGAACCAUGCUGGAACUCCUUAACCAGCUUGAUGGUUUCGACGACCGUGGUGACGUCAAGGUCAUCAUGGCUACCAACAAGAUCGAGACUCUUGACCCUGCCCUUAUCCGUCCCGGCCGUAUCGAUCGAAAGAUUCUGUUCGAGAACCCCGACCAGAACACCAAGCGCAAGAUUUUCACACUCCACACCUCCAAGAUGUCGCUCAACGACGACGUGGAGCUAGAGGAGUUUAUCUCGCAGAAGGACGACCUCUCUGGUGCCGACAUCAAGGCCAUUUGCUCCGAGGCUGGUUUGCUCGCCCUUCGCGAGCGCCGUAUGCGUGUGCAAAUGGCAGAUUUCCGCGCGGCCCGCGAGAGAGUUCUCCGGACCAAGCAGGAAAGCGAACCAGAGGGUCUGUACUUGUAG